GCGGCGGCGGCCGGGCCGGGCCAUGGGGAAGGAGCAGGAGCUGCUUGAGGCCGCCCGUACCGGGAACCUGCCCGCCGUGGAGAAGCUGUUAUCGGGGAAACGUCUCAGCUCCGGUUUCGGUGGCUCCGGGGGGGGAGGAGGAGGCGGAGGAGGCGGCUCUGGGGGGGGAGGCGGCGGAGGAGGCAGCGGGAGCGGCGGUGUGGGGCACCCGCUGUCCAGUCUCCUCAGCAUCUGGAGAGGGCCAAAUGUGAACUGCGUUGACAGUACUGGAUACACUCCACUGCACCAUGCUGCUUUGAAUGGUCAUAAGGAUGUUGUGGAAGUUCUGCUGAGGAAUGACGCACUAACCAACGUAGCAGACUGUAAAGGCUGUUACCCUCUUCACCUGGCAGCCUGGAAAGGAGAUGCAGAUAUAGUGAAGCUCCUCAUCCACCAAGGACCUUCGCAUACUAAAGUGAAUGAGCAGAAUGCUCUUGAGAUCAAAGAACUCAAAAAGUACGGCCCCUUUGACCCAUAUAUCAAUGCCAAGAACAACGACAACGAGACGGCGCUGCACUGCGCUGCGCAGUACGGCCACACAGAGGUGGUGAAGGUCCUUCUGGAGGAGCUGACCGACCCCACCAUGCGCAAUAACAAGUUUGAGACUCCUCUGGACCUGGCCGCGCUCUAUGGGAGGCUGGAAGUCGUGAAGAUGCUCUUGAAUGCUCACCCCAAUCUUUUAAGCUGCAACACUAAGAAACACACUCCCCUGCACUUGGCAGCUAGGAACGGUCACAAAACUGUAGUCCAUGUCCUCCUGGAUGCCGGCAUGGAUAGCAACUAUCAGACUGAAAAAGGCAGUGCUUUGCACGAAGCUGCUUUGUUUGGCAAGACAGAUGUGGUACAGAUAUUGCUGGCUGCAGGUAUUGAUGUGAACAUAAAGGAUAACAGAGGCCUGACAGCUCUGGAUAUUGUGAGGGAACUUCCUUCUCAGAAAAGCCAACACAUAGCUGCACUUAUUGAAGAUUACACGAUUGGGAAGAAAAGUGCCAAAGCUGCAGAGAAGACUCUUCAAGCACCACUUGUUCCAGCCACUGAUCCCGUGUGCCGGAUAUCUCAGGGUGACGUGGAGAAAGCAGUGACAGAACUGAUCAUAGAUUUUGAUGUGAACCCAGAAGAGGAGAGCCCAUAUGAAGCUUUAUACAAUGCAACGUCCUGCCACUCCCUGGACAGCCUUGCCAGUGGAAGAUCUUCAGAUCGAGAGUCUGUGAAUAAGGAAGCGGAAUCAACUGGUCUGAAAGCAGCAGGAGUCAGGCCUAGAGAACGUCCACCGCCGCCUGCCAAGCCUCCACCUGAUGAAGAAGAGGAUCAGCAUGUGGAGAAGAAGAUAGGCCAUGGCGCUUCCUGUGAGGCCUCUGUUGCACGAGGAAAGAGCAGGGGAAGUGGAGCUGAGGAAGAGGAACACCCUUACGAGCUGUUGCUUACAGCAGAAACUAAAAAGCCAGUUGCAGUGGAUAGGAAAACAAGAGACCACAGGAGGAGCAGUGGUAGCCGCACCCAGGAUUCUGCCGACGGCCAGGACAUCCAGGUUCCAGAGCAGUUUUCAGGGUUGCUUCAUGGUUCUUCCCCGAUCUGUGAGAUAAGUGAGGACCCUUUCAGGCUCGUUUCCUCCACAGAGAAAGGAGGCACAGAAGCUACAAGCCACCCACCUGCUAUGCAGCUGGAGGAUGCUGACUUACCUGCCUCUGGAUCAGUACGGACCAGCUCUCCAGACCAAAACCAGAAAGUGGUCUACGCAACCAUCCAGCACACACACGUCAACCGGGCGGAUCCUGAAACUGUAGUCACACCCCACGUGCUACAGCACCCCGGCGGUGCUGAGGAAGAGGGGGACAGAGCUGUGGGCAGAGCCCACCCAGGGAGCAAACCCAAAGCCGAGCUUAAACUCAGCCGCAGCUUGUCUAAAUCAGACUCUGAUCUUCUGACCUGCUCUCCGACAGAGGACGAUGCCAUGGGGAGCCGGAGCGAAUCGCUCUCGAACUGCAGCACUGGGAAGAAGAGGCUGGAGAAGUCCCCGUCCUUUGCUUCAGAGUGGGAUGAGAUUGAGAAAAUAAUGAGUUCCAUCGGCGAAGGCAUUGACUUUUCUCAGGAGCAGCAGAGGAUCUCAGGUUCACGGAUGCUGGAGCAGAGCGUCGGGGAGUGGCUGGAGUCCAUUGGCCUGCAGCAGUAUGAGAGUAAGCUGCUUUUGAACGGCUUUGAUGAUGUCCGCUUCCUGGGCUGUAAUGUCAUGGAAGACCAGGACCUUCGGGACAUUGGGAUCGGCGACCCGCAGCACCGUCGGAAGCUCCUCCAGGCAGCUCGCUCCCUCCCGAAGUUGAAACCCCUAGGUUGCGAUGGGAACAGCCAGCCUUCAGUUCCCGCGUGGCUCGACUCUUUGGGGCUGCAGGAUUACAUUCAGUCCUUCCUCUCGAGUGGCUACAGCUCUAUCGACACUGUGAAAAACCUCUGGGAACUUGAAAUAGUAAACGUAUUAAAAGUGAAUCUGCUUGGCCAUCGGAAGAGGAUCAUCGCCUCCCUGGCAGACAGACCGUAUGAGGAGCCACCGGCAAAGCCACCGCGGUUCUCGCAGCUGAGAUGCCAGGACUUGAUGUCCCAGACAUCGUCACCCCUGAGCCAGAACGACUCCUGCACAGGCAGAUCUGCCGAUCUCCUGUUGCCCUCCGGGGACACUGGGAAGAGACAACAUGACCGUGGCACCGAGGUUGCUCCCUACUCCAGAGUUGAGCACUACAAAGCACAGGAGGACCAUCGGGAGUCAAAGCUGACCCUGCGCCCCCCCAGCCUGGCUGCCCCGUAUGCCCCAGUCCAAAACUGGCAGCACCAGCCGGAGAAGCUCAUCUUCGAGUCCUGCGGGUAUGAGGCCAAUUACUUGGGCUCUAUGCUGAUCAAAGACCUCCGAGGGACAGAGUCUACACAGGAUGCCUGUGCCAAGAUGAGGAAAUCCACAGAGCAUAUGAAGAAGAUCCCAACCAUAAUACUGUCCAUCACAUACAAAGGGGUGAAGUUCAUCGAUGCCUCUAACAAGAAUGUCAUUGCUGAGCAUGAGAUCCGGAACAUCUCCUGCGCCGCUCAGGACCCUGAGGAUCUCUGCACGUUCGCCUACAUCACCAAGGACCUGCAGACCAGCCACCACUACUGCCACGUCUUCAGCACCGUGGAUGUGAACCUGACAUAUGAGAUCAUCCUGACGUUGGGGCAGGCGUUCGAGGUCGCCUACCAGCUGGCCCUCCAAGCCCAGAGAGCAAAGCCUCCGGGUGCUGCAGCAGGAGAAAUGAUUGAAACAAAAUCUUCCAAACCGGUGCCUAAACCACGAGCUGGCCUGAGGAAAUCUGCAGUGCCGCUCCCUCCCGACACUCGCUGUUGUUACUGUCACACCUGUACAACACACCGCCCCUCCUACCUGCCGCUGCAGUCUGUUAGUCCCGGAGCUAAGCUGGAGCCCCCUGAAGCAGACCAAGACUCCCAGUCUCAUGCCAGUGUCUCCUGGGUUGUGGACCCCAAACAGGACUCCAAGCGGACCCUCAGCACUAAGUAUGAGACCACUAUCUUCUAAAGCAAACACACCCCGUGUCCACCUAGUCUAACCGUGCCUUUGCGAUCUGAUCUGUCUGCUGUUCUAAACUCCCUCUUCCUCCAGCUGCUCGCACUGAGCCCCACGUAGGCACUACGUCAAAGGCAGCAGCACUUAGGAGACUGUAGACUUAAACGGCUUUUGUACCUGAUCACUACUGAACACUGUGAAUUCCUUACUCGGAAACAAGGGUAACAUGCUGUUAGAUACCUGUGAGGUGGGAGGUGCAGAGGGAUGCAGGCUGGGGGAAUCGGAGAUGUGGAUCCAGGAAGCCGCCUGCCGUUUUCACGUCUUUCCCCUCGCUCUGGCACUGUGAAUCCCUGGGGCAAUGUGACACUCCCCAGGCCUUUUUUUCUAUUUCACCUUCUUAUCCUUGGACUGAUGGAGACCUCUUGUCUCUGCGGUGCACGCACUCCCUCCUCCUAGAUCCUCUUCUUCCCGACUGAGCCACGGCUGUGUACUGUUGCAGUGAACUCACCCCUCUUCUUACCUGCCACUCAAAUCGACACUAACCACUGUGAUGCUGUCUGCAAAUAACACACAUUCACUAGAUUUCCUCACAGGGACCCUUGCCCGCGAUCUCUCCCCUCGAAGGCCAGAGCAGAAAACCUGCUCUGACGGGAGUGCUGGUUUGGGCCGGGUGUGAUCGUUCCCACUGUGAGCUCUGUCCGCUCUCGAAGAUGAGGUGCAGUUUUGCUUGCAUGCAUUUCAGUCCCGUCUAGGAUUUUAUUCCACCACCCCCCCCCCCGUAGUCUUUCUGUUUACACUCGCCAAACUUCUCGUGAGCUAUGGGCACAGUUCUCACUUGCAGAUUGUGAAGAGGUUAAGCUUUUAAAGGAACGUGUUGUUGGCCCCAUGCUGGGAAGGAAAGGUGUUUGAGAGGGGCUGGAUACUGCACCACGAGACGUCUGGUAAAGCAGACGGAGCUCUGCUGUGUUCGGCAGGCAUACUGCAGUUGUACUUUUUUUUGUCAAAGGGAGAAACAUGAUUGAAAUCAGUCUGCUGCCGUUCCCAAAGCUUGUUUUCAGUCUACAAACCAUUGCACAAUGAGGGCUAUAGGGAUCUUGAAACAUCUGUCGCCUUUCAUCCUUGAGAGCAAGGGUUUCACUUGGAGAUGGCCGGCGAUGGGCACCUCUGCCUUUUCUGGCUGUUUCCCAAGUGCACAGGUUUUUCCUCUGGGAAAACAUCCCCAUUUCUGUGUAUCUCAGUAGAAGCAGCUUUUAACUCCAGAAUAUGACUGGGAAUUGUUUGCAUGAGACUGCAGGGCACUUGGCAGAGGUCGGAGCAGGGCUGGGACAGGUCCGGAAAUGCCAUACAGUGGUUCAGGACCCAGUGAAAGCCCCAGCAAGCCAUCUGCGGUCCUGCCCCUGGUUCCUUCCCUUGCGUUUGCAAAGCUCACCGAGAUGAAACUGAGGAGGAGGAUGAUCCAGUGAGUAACAGCGCUGGGAGGCAGGACUCCUGCCCCAGUACUGCUUCUCCCUGACUUGCUGUGCGUCCAAGCAACUUUGCCUCUCUUUACCUCAGUUUCCCACGUACGGGACAGGGACGUACUUACCCACCUCUCAGGGGUGCAAGGCUCGCUCCAUUGGCAGAGCAGUUGUAAGCCCCUUUAGUGAAAGGCUCUGUGACUUCCACACCGUGACAGCAAACCCCCGAUGCUCAGCCUCGCUCCUCUGAUAGAUGAAAUACGGAACUCACGCAGACAGCCUUGUAGCAAAGCUGCGUCUUGGACCCUGACCAGCUCCUCACAGGCAGUGGCCAUUGCACCUUUCCUGGGGAGAGGGGCUGCAGCCAUGCGAUCAUUGGGCUGCACGGAGCUUGCUGAUAUGCACCUUGAUGUGAGUGUCUGAACUCGUCCUGGGUUUCGCAUCUUGGCAAAAUCCCCUUGCAGCUCAAUUCUGGGGCGACGGAGCUGUGCUCACCUCUGCGUGAGGUGUCUGGGUGACAUCUUAGACUUCAUCAGGGAAGAGAGUGCACUCAGAUCUCCAGUAAAGUUCCAUUUCCAAAAUAGCUUUUAGAAUUUACCCCAAACCUCCCUUCACGAUGACCAGUUGUCAUCAGCGGGGAGCGCUCAGAACAGUGGCCCUGGGUUAUUUGCACCUGGUAUUUAGGGGCCAGAAGAAGCUUGUCCAAGUUUUGCUGAGGCUUUAGAGCUGUUGCCUCAAAGCUUCUGUUUCCCCAGACUUGUGGUGAAAUCUGAUGUUUCAAAAUCUUUAUUUAGCUCUUUCUCAGGAAUGAGUUUGAUCUCCCACGUGGUUUGUGGCUUAGUGGCACUGAGCGGCAAACUGACUUGAAAAUAAGGACCAGGCUAGUAAGAACCCAAGUGAGAGGACCAAAACAAUUGUCUUAAAGCAAGGGAGAAGGUGGUGGGAAGGAAAGCAUAGUCCAGUACCUAUAUGCCAUGGAGCCCCUUAAUGUAGAGCCAGUGCUCCUCUGCCUGAAGACCCCAAAGCAGAGGCUGCGCUGCAGUUGCCCGAGGUGCUGCAGUGCCGUCCUGCCAGCCAGAGCGUUGUGGGCAGCAGGAUAUUGCUGCGCCUGAGGUGCUCCAGGAGGUCAGUUUGGGUUUGAUCAGCAUCUUUCCAAGCUGUAAGAGUGCCCCGAGAGUUUCUAUAGCCUUCAAAGAGAAACUGAAUUAGCAAUAGCGAUGAUAGCGCAGUUUCUACAUAUAAGCAUUUACCGUGCAGUUGCCCACGUGUAUGCCUGGCUUCAGAGGGUCUGAGCUCCCGCAUCUCCCCCUGCCUUCAGCUGGGAAGCACCAGUUCCUCAGCACCUCCAAAAGCACGUCAUUAGAGCAUGUGCCUUUCUAAGGGUGCCCCUCCAAACCCAGCCGGGAUCACAGGCAGCCCUGCCUACACUACAGAGCUUCCGCUGUGUCCAUAACCCUCACGGUUGUGUCUCAUCUCCUGGCCGUCUGCCUCGUCUUUCCCAGCACUUGUUUUUUGUAUGACUCGGAAAUCAUUCAUUCCAUUAUCUUCCUUUCUGUUUGCCUCUGAAAAGCUGAUCUCCGGGCAGCUGUCUCCUACCAUGGAAAUGUAGUAACGGGGCAGAGAACCUAAGAAGCAGUGGCCUGCUGAGACGAAGAUCAUCUCCAUCUGGUGCUGGUGUCUGCCUCGGAGUCAGGGCAUGGCUGCUCAGUGAGGGCUUGCAGAGGGGGGGAGAGGGAUCCCAGCCACCAGCUGAGGAAAGCAGCUCUCUCCAUUUCUAGCAAAGGAAAGUUGAGACUUCCGAGAGCGAUGUCACCUUUUCUAGUUUGAGACAAACGUCUUUCGACCUGUUUUGGUUUGGGUUUUUUGGGGGGUUUUUUGGGGUUUUUUUAAACAUGUGAAAUGAGACAGAGCAAAUCCAGUUCACGGUUUAAAUGUAGCACUGCGGUUGUUUUGGUGAGGAAAAAAAAAAUUAAUCCUUAUUUACUGAGAAUCCAUGCAGUCCGGCAAGGAGUACAAUAGAAAGUCUUAGCAGUGGGAGUGGUGUGCACAUCUCUGAUGGUACUUAAAUUUGCUUCAAUUCUGGGUGAACAGUAGAGAAUGCCAAAUUCUUGGAAAUAACUUCCUCCAGUGUGAGAAGCCUUGCAGGGUAAGUCUGCGUCCUUUGUUUUCAAAGCUACUCCACACUUUUAUAGCAAAUGGAAAUAACUUAAGGAAAAGAGUCUGCAAAGGAUCUUUCACCCCAGAGUGGUUGUGGCCAAGUAUUACCAAUGGUACAAAGCUUCCUUCCCCUACAGAGAACUGUUGCAUUGCAAUACUUGACAUUUCUAUGGCAAGGACACAAUUUCUCCCCAUUUACGCACUGAAUUCCUGGAGACGACUCCCUUCUCCAGCCUCUUGUGCACCUGUCUUGUUUUUAAAUGCAGUUAUGCCCUGAAGGGUUGGGUUUGUUUUGUUUUGUUUUUUAAAACGAUAUUCAAUUGUGAUUUAGCACUUUUUUGAUACUAGCUCAUUAUUUAAUUAGUGCAACAGUUUCAGAAGAUGAACAAAUAAGGAGUUAAAUUUUGGGCAUUACACUGAAACAGUCCAUACCCGAGGAUAAAUCAUAUCAACCUGAGGAUGGCUUUGGCCGUCCAAGUCUGGUGUCCCCAAAUACCACCAUGAAGGUGCUGUGUGCUUACUUUUCUUUCGAAUUACAAGUAUUUAACAGUAGUUUUGGCUGUGACUGGUGUGGGUUUUUUCACAUUACUGUUCCCCUCAAGGGAGAGAUCAUAAAAUGGUUGUGAUUGUAAUUCUUCAGAUGCAAAAAUGUAGCGCAGCACUUUUGUUAUAAUCUCAGCAGGCAUUGUAAUGGUUGGGGAUGUGGUACCCUGCUGCUUUACCAGAAUGAUAUGCCUGAAUAAUUUGUUUAACUCCAGUUGCUGCUGUAUGUCAGGAUUUCAUGUAGUCUCUCUAGCCAGCAAGGCUGGAAGAGAACCGUAAUCCCAAGGGCAUAGACCUGUAAAUGAUUAGGAGGGGGAAGUGAAGAUUUUUUUUUUUUAAGUUGAUGAAUUUAAGAAACCUAACAUUCCUUGUUAUGCAUAUGUUGCAAUCCAUACUGGUGUAAAUGUAAAUAUUUGGUGUGUUGGCAACAAGUCUUUUUGGAGAGAUUGCAAAUUGAACCUCUGCUUGGGAGGAGGGACACCUUUCUUUUUUUUUGAUGCGUGAGCUUUUUGAAGGUUGGCUUGGAGGUGACGUGGUGAUGAAGACUCCAAUCUUCAGGGGACUGGGCUUGGCGACCCUGGUGGUCCUUUCCAGUCCUGUGUAAUCCUCUGGUUGUCUUUAGUGAUCCAACAGUUCUUUAGCCAGAUACUCUCUUUCUCACUUCAUAGACAAAGCAAUUGUUUUGGCAGUGCAUCUCCCUUUUUAUUUUGAUGGGGUUUCUCAAGGUACUUGCAUGCCAGAGACCAAUCCUGGACCAUGCCAGUCACCUACUCCCCGUAAACUGUUAACCCAUUCAUCAUCGCACAGUAUUCUGGCUCUUCCUCCCUACAAGGUUUCAUAGUAUCUGGAGGAAAGGGCCCUAAAUUUCUGGUGCUGAAUAGGACUUUGAAUCAAAAUGCAUCUGCUGUACGAUCUGCCUGGGAAAAGGUGGGGCUGCCCUGGGCCUUGUUCCCCUUUUUAUGGACAGAUUCUAUAUUACACUUUGGUUUGUGCGUGGCAUGAGUCCAGGUUGAGACCUCAAAUAGAUAAACUAAGAUGCAGAGUUGUCUUUUUUUUUAUAUAGCAGAGGAUGACUUUUUUUUUUCAAAUUGAAGCUGCUUUAUCCUUUUUAAUUUUGUAUUUACAAAAAAAAAAAAGCUAAUCUUAGCUGCUCAGCUGUCUUUGAACUUGCUUUGGGAUUGUUCUUUUUAGAAGAAAUUAUGCAACUUUUACGGGGUACGUGCCUGUCCCCUCCCAGGGAGAAGAUAGGGCACCUUCCAGGAUGUACCUCUAGUGAAAAGUUUGUAGCUUCAGCAGGCUGCUGAGACACGGAGCAGAUGCCAAAUAGUCCCUCCGAACGCGCCCAGGUCUGUGCAGCUGGAUUGGAGUCACUUGCUUUACUGCACCUUUUGCCCCACUUCAGGAGUUUCUAGCAGCAGAAUUUCCCCUGGCUUGCUUCUGCUCACAUCAUUUCCAUGCCAUCAGAUCUUUAUUUUAGAGCAAGCAGUGUUUGCAAUGCUGUCUUGUUGCAAAAAGGUUCUCCCUUUUAGGUCUCCCAUUGGCAUUACUUACUGCAUUUUUUUUAUUUUUUUUUUUUUUUUUUUUCAAAAGAAAGUAACUGUGCUGCUCUUGCAAAGUCAAUCUAGCUCAAAUAUUUUUCUUACCCAUGGAAGAAUAACCUGAGAUUCCCUAACAGGGCAGAGAACAGUCAGGUUCAGUUUGCAACAUAGACAUUUUUGCUAAUUGUGAUGUAUGGCAGUGGGACUGAUUUGUAAUACAAAUGUUAUUUAAUCUGUCUGUAUUUUGAUACUUGAAUUUCCUUUUAUUUCCUGUAUAUACAAUUGUUAAUCUGUUCAAAUUUGUCUGAAUUUUAAACAUCUUGUGGUACCAAACAUAACCAAUCUGUGCAACAACAUAGACUGACCUCACUACAACAAGGCGAGAUUGUAAAUAUUCCUGGGCUUCCAGCAGUCGUUUUGUUGUUUUCAUAAUUGUACAACUUAGAACAGACUGAAUUAAUAAACAAACUUAGACAUG